AUGGCUAUCACCCAAUGGGAGUCUGCCUACGCAAUCAUAGGGUAUGAUUGCAGGAGCAAAAUUCUGAACAUGACAACAAUAUCGUUAGUCGAUAUUGACGACUGUGAGCUCGGAGAGGAGAAGGCUGAGAUGUUUUUGCCGGAAAUUGCACUUCUACAGUUAAACGAAUACGAACAUACGAAAAUAAUACAAUGUAAAGUCGAAGUCAAUCGGGUAAUUCAGCAUUGUGGGUGGCAAUCCUACAAUUCUAUUGUUAACCAAGGGAUAAACGAAUAUAUUUUUCCUAUUUCUCGCGAGAUGUGCCAGGUCGCGCACGAUCAUGGUACGUUUCGUAUUGGUAACACGGUUUUUGACGGCCUUAUGCCAAAUGGAGAAACUCCAGACUCUAAGACUCAAGAGGUUUACCCCUUGCUACCAAGGAUCAACACGUCAACGGGACCACCUACGGAGAUCGCAACAACGCAGAGGGUUUUUGUAUAA